CGCCUCGCUUUCUUCGAGAAACGAACACAACCUAACCGCUCCUUGCAUUUCACGUCCCCCACGGGCCACGGCGCACAUUUCUGCCAGAUUCGCGCGCAUGGAGGCUUGCUGGACAAGAUGCUCUCCGAGGAAUCUCUUCAGAGGCGCCAGGCCUGUCAAUCCGAAGCUCCGAACGUCGAUUCUUCGAUCUUCCAUGGCCACUCGAACGGUUGGAGCCUUUGAAAGGAAGGCGUAUGAUGCACUGCUGUUGGAUGCUGGAGGAACGCUUCUGCAAUUGGCCAACCCUGUUGAAGAGACGUACGCUGCGAUCGGUAGAAAAUAUGGGUUGAAGGCAACUAGCAGUGAGAUAAAGCAAGGAUUUAGAAGAGCCUUUGCAGCCCCUUGGCCUCAAAAGCUUCGUUACCAGGGAGAUGGGCGGGCAUUUUGGAGACUGGUUGUCUCUGAAGCUACUGGUUGUGAAAAUAGUGACUAUUUUGAGGAAGUAUAUGAGCACUUUGCAAAUGGUGAUGCGUGGAGUCUUCCCAGUGGAGCUUAUGAAACUAUAUGCCAUCUCAAAGAUUCUGGAGUUAAAUUGGCCGUUGUCUCCAAUUUUGACACACGCUUGCAGAAGUUAUUGAAGGACCUCAAUGUUGCUGAUCUGUUUGAUGCCAUUAUCAUAUCAGCAGAGGUCGGGUAUGAAAAGCCGGCCCCUGAAAUCUUCAGAGCUGCUCUAGAUCAAAUUAGAGUGGUGGCAGAAAAGGCAGUACAUGUUGGGGAUGAUGAAAAGGCUGAUAAGAUGGGGGCAAAUGCCGUUGGGAUCGAUUGCUGGUAAAACAAAUCUAUGCCUUUCAAAAAGUAAAAUAGAAAACAAGAUCAAUUGUCCUUUCUUUUUCUUGUAUGGUUUUUACCACAUCUUUUGAAUGAAUGCACUCAUAUUUUUAGCUACCCGUCAAAAUGCAUGUUCUUUCUUCUUCUUCUUUUUCUUCUUCUUUUUUCUUUUUUAACUUUGCUUUAAACUUGUAGCAUACAAGUCAGAUAACUACUUGUGAUAGAAGCAUCGAUUGCCCCCUGAACCGUUAAAGAUAUUAUGUCCGUGUUGUAAAAGGCAGCGUCAUGACUUUUGUGUGGCCUUCAGUAGAUUAUGAUUUUGAUUGAUGAUGAUGGUGUGGUUUUUGUUAUGAACGUGCACUUUACCAUCUG